GCUACCCCUGUUAUUGGCAAUGAGUCUGGUAUGUGUAAAGCUGGCUUCACCAAAAAUGAUGCUCCCAUAGCCGUAUUACUCUCUAUUGUUGGAAGAACUAGACAUCAAGUGACUGUGGAAAUGGAUGGAAAGGACAGUCAUGUGGGAGACGAUGCUCGACCGAAACGUGUUAUCCUGACACUGAAGUACCGAAUUGAACAUGGUAUUGCGACUAAGUGGGGUGAUAUGGAGAAGAUGUGGUACCACAUUUCUACAAAGGGUUGCGAGUGGCAACAGAGAAACAUCCGGGGUUGUUGAGAGAAGUUUCAUUGAACCCGAAGGCAAACCAUGAGAUGACAAGGAUCAUGUUUGAGACUUUUAAUACACCAGGUACGUGUGCUGCUACUCAAACGGUGUUGUCACUAUGUACACUAUGUACAACUGGUAUAGUGUUGGACUUAGGUGACGGUGUGACCCACACAGUUCCGAUUUAUGAAGAUUAUGCGUUGCCUUAUACUGUUUUGCGAUUGGACUUUGCUGAUAGAGUUCUUGCCGACUUUAGGAUGAAGAUCCUGACUAAGACAGGUUGCAGUUCCUCUGUCUAUUCGUGGAACAUACUCAGGCGCAAACCACCGGACAUCGUUUUAAUCUAUAGUAAGUCUAGAGUGGCAUCUAUAAAACAGGCAACUGUGCCUAGACUGGAACUAACAGCGGCAGUAUUGAGUGUUAGAAUGGGGGAAGUUUUAAAUAAGAACCUUCCUCAUGUGUUUGACAAGACUCACUUCUCGAUGGAUUCUAUGAUAGUACUGUACUAUAUAAAAAAUACAGAUAGUAGGUAUUCCACCUUCGUGGCUAAUCGUCUGGCCGUUAUUCGUCAUUUAACAUCUGUGGACCAGUGGGGGCACGUAGAAUCCCAUGAAAAUCCUGCUGACUGGACAUCACGAGGCAUACGGAAGGAGCUAGAUUUAAAGAACUGGAUUGAGGGUCCUUCCUUCUUAAGGAAGAGGGAGUCUGUAGAAACACUAACGCUUAUGUGCGAAAACCCCCCGGAAAAUGUUGAAUUUAAAAGAUGUCACACGACCAACGCAGUUGCGCUAAAACAUAGCUCAAGUCCAAUUCUGCUAUAUCACUCAAAUUGGAUAAAGCUGAUUAAAGCGGUAGCAUGGCUCAGAAGAUACGUGACCUAUAUAACCAUCAUGUACUCCCAUCACAAGGACAGGUCCCUAAGUGUGGGCUAUCUGUCAGUUGAUGAAUUGGAUGCAGCUAAACACAAGGUAUUAGCCUUAGUGCAAAAGGAAGUGUAUGGGGAAGCAGUAAAAGUGUCUCGAUGCAAUGGCGUAAGCGCAACUGAUAUAAAAGAGCUAAAAAAUCUUUCACCUACGCUAAUCGAUGGAUUGCUUUGUGUCGGCGGACGAUUAAAUUACUCGGAUUAUCCACUCUCAAUCAGACAUCCAGUAAUUUUACCCAGUCAUCACUUCGUAACAGAACUUAUUAUUAGACACCAUCACCACCUAGAAGGUCACACCGGGACAUCACAAGCGUUAGCUACCAUACGACGAAAUUAUUGGAUUGUUAAAGGAACCAGUGCAGUUAAACGAGUGAUAGGUAGAUGUGUGAGGUGUAUACGCGCGAAGGCCACAUUAGGCCAACAGAUGAUGGCACCUCUCCCCAAGUGUCGAGUGCAGCAAGGCUGGUUUUGCUUCUCCUCCGUCGGGAUAGACUAUUUUGGGCCGUUGAUAGUUCGUCGGGGAAGAAGUGAGGAAAAAAGAUAUGGAUGCCUAUUCACGUGUCUCCAAACACGUGCCGUACAUUUGGAAGUAGCUUUCAAUUUGAGUACUGAUGCUUUUAUAAUGGCUUUAAUACGUUUCAUAGGAAGGAGAGGAACUCCUAAGGAAAUCUAUAGCGACAAUGGAACUAACUUUGUCGGGGCCACUUCCGAAUUACGGGCUAAUAUGAGUGUGUGGGACAAGCAUAAAAUAAACGACUUAACAGUAUCGAAGGGUAUACGCUGGCAUUUCAACCCCCCACUAGCUAGCCAUCGAGGCGGAGUUUGGGAGAGAUUAAUACGGUCUGUUCGGAGGAUAUUACUAUCUAUUUCCAACGGGCAAAUAUUACACGAUGAUAGUUUGGCAACUUAUUUUGUGGAGGUAGAACGAAUUUUAAACAACCUCCCAAUCGUUCCUGUGACGUCAGAUGAAAAGGAUGAUUUGGCGCUCACGCCAAACACUUUGUUAUUACUAAGAGACUGUGAUGGUUUAGGAAUAGAGUGUAGUGUUGCGGAUAGGUAUUCAAAGCGAUGGAGACAGGUAAAUUGUUUAGCCAAUACCUUCUGGCGGCGAUGGAUAAAAGAGUACAUUCCUUUAUUGCAAGUGAGGCAGAAAUGGUUUUGCAAACACAGAAACUUAAAAGAAGGUGAUGUAGUUCUAGUGGCUAACGAUGCAACUACUCGGGGUUCAUGGCCAAUGGGACGGGUUGAUAAGUGCGAGACAGAUGGAGAUGGAUUGGUAAGAACAGUGAUGAUGCGAAUGAGAGGUGUAGUAAGAAGAGAUGUGCGAAAGCUCUGCCUUCUAGAGGGAGCUGAGUAAUUGUAGAUUGUACCUUAGGUUUAUGGAUGUACAGGCGUACUGUUGUAAGUCCUGUGCGUCCCAUUGAUAUAGAGCAGUUAGUAAGGAGAGCCAUGACAGAAAUGUAUUCUAAGGUGUCUUUGCGUAGCUGGAGGGAUUUUGGGGGCCGGUGUAACAGAAAGAGAACAGUGAAAAUCCCUCUGCAGUUUCUUUGUUGAACAGUAUUUUCAUUUAUUUGUUCCUUCUCCCUUUUUUGUAUUCCAACCUUUGUUUCGACCUCGUUUAACCAUGUCUUUUGUUCUUCAGUCUUCCCCGUUUGAGUCUUUAUUAUGUGAUUUUGAUUAAAGACUUAUUUUUGUUACCUAAUUUUCUAUUGCAUGUUGCCGAACCAUUGACAGUAAGGUUGUGCUUGACUAAGCUCAAGGUCACGACGUGGUUCAUUUUGUGACUGUUAACCUUCUGACUGUCUGCUUGGGAGAAUUGCUGCAAUCCCUGCAGAUAGAUAUUUGAUCCCAUCUUAUUGGGAAUAUUUGUAUUGAUUCUCAGGUAUCAAACCCUUUAGUAUUAACUGUCUCUUUCAUUGUUUAGCGCGCUACUUUGCGUUAGAGAAACUUCUGACUGUAUAGCACAGGCUGUACCGUUUGAGGUAUUUUGUAUUUUUGAUGUAAUUUGUUCUGUUCUUAAUUAGAACCGUUUAUAUUGAGCAC